GUACUGUAACGGACAUCACGACGUGAGUUGGUGAUGCCGACGAGCCAGACCGUGCCGCGCCCGCCGCACUUGCGGAGCGGCAGCCAUGUGAACCUCAGCCCCCUCCCGAGCAACCACAACAGCAACAACCUCCGGGAAGCGUUUGUCGUCGAUUCAACCGCCGCGGCAUCUCCAAAACAGCGCAGUACGGGGCAGCCAUCACCCAAGACUAACCAUCGUGGCCAUACGAUGCCGCUGUCCAUCCAAGGAGGCGACCAUCCUUUUGGUCCACCGAGGGACAGUAUGACCAACAACCAUAUUCACCCAGAGACCAACGCAGACGACACGGAAGAAGACACGGACGCGUUCAAGCGCGCCAUGUGGGCCGGCCAGGCCAACAUUCUCGUGGCAGUGCGCCUGCGCCCCCAGCUUAAGCACGACCGCGACCGAGGGGAGAUUGUCAAAGUCCUCGGGAACAAGGUAGUCGUGGUGUUGGACCCUGGCAACCACAAGGACGUCGUGGGCAAACUGCGACAUCGGUCGCGGGAGAAGCGAUAUGCGUUCGACUAUGUGUUUUCUCCGUCGGAUGGCCAAGCGACAGUGUACAACAACACGACCAAGUUCCUCAUCCACGGCAUCCUCCAAGGCUUCAACGCCACAGUGUUUGCGUACGGAUGCACGGGCGCGGGCAAAACGUACACGAUGCUCGGGACACCAGACGAGCCGGGGAUCAUGGCGCUGACCUUGGAUGAUUUGUUUGGUCACAUUGAAGCCAGUCAGUGCAAAGUGCCCAAUCUGUACCGGGUGACAGUGUCGUUUUUGGAAGUGUACAACGAAAACAUCCGCGACUUGCUCCGGAGCGACCACGACCAAGACACGUACUUGGACCUGCGAGAAGACCCGGUCAAAGGACCUGUCGUGGCCGACUUGUCCGAGAUCGUCGCGUCCAACGCGGAAGAAGUGAUGCGGCUGCUCCGGCGAGGCAACAAGAACCGGUCGCAGGAGGCCACGGCCGCCAACGCCGUCUCAUCUCGAAGCCACGCCGUGCUCCAAGUGUCUGUCGAGCAAACCGAGGCCACACCCGACACGGUGACCGUGCUCAAGACGGGAAAGCUGUCGAUGAUCGACCUGGCGGGCAGCGAACGCGCCGCCGUGACCCAAAAUCGGGGGCUGCGGUUACUCGAAGGGGCCAACAUCAACCGGUCGCUGCUGGCACUGGGGAAUUGCAUCAAUGCGCUGGGGGAAAAGGCGAAUCGGGGGGCGUUUGUUCCGUACCGAGACAGCAAACUCACGCGGUUGCUCAAGGAUUCCCUCGGAGGCAACUGCCGCACCGUCAUGAUUGCCAACAUCAGCAUGUCUGUGCUCUCGUUCGAAGAGACGGUCAACACCCUCAAAUAUGCCAACCGGGCUAAGAACAUCAAGACCACCGUGACCAGAAACGUGCUAAACGUGAACCACCACAUCUCAGAAUACGUGUCUCUUAUCGCAAACUUGCGCCAAGAGAUCACCAACCUCAAGGCGCAGAUGACCCAGCAAGGCAUCCCGUCUCCGUCAAGCCAUGAUCUCAAGGGAAAAGGGUUCAAGAAAGACCUGGACGAGUCCAACAAUUCGGCGGGCGAAGGGGGCGGCACCGCGACGAUGCGCGAGGCGCGAGUGCAAAUCAUGAAGUACUUUCACGAACGGAUGCUGCUGAGGCGGCAACUGUUGGAGUUGGAAAACAAGAACGUGGCCAAGAGCAUUGAGAUUGGACAGCACCAGCUCGUCGUGGCCGAGCACGAGCGACAGCGCGAAGAAAAAGACGAGGACAAAGCCGCCGCCGUGGACGCCCGCGUCGAGUUUGAAGAGUUUGACGACGAGGCCGACAUGGUGGUGGCGAAAAUGGAGAUCGGACGGCUGCAAGACGACAUCAAGGACCUGUCUACAGAGAAGGGCGAGCUCACGCGGAAACUGCGCCUCACGGAGCGCGUGGCGGAGGAGUUCCGAAUGCGUCGGUAGGGCUGCGCUGGAACACACAAUCACAAACGACGAGAAGCGCGAGCUGUUGCUGAUGGAAUACCGCAUCGGCAAGCUCGAGCUGGAGAACAUGGAGCUCGAACAGACCCGAACGGUGCAAGAAACCAUUUCCCGCGGCAAAGACUUGACCGUGGAAAAGCUCAAACUGCAACUUCGGCUGCGGGACAAGAUCAUUCAAAAGCAACAAGCCAUCUUGGACAAGCACGACAUUGGCCACGAAGUGCGCUUUGGGAUCUUGGACACUUUGGAAGAUGCGACCCUCACAGACGGCUUCGACACGCUGCGCUUGUCCAUGGAACGCAUCAGCUCUCCCGUCGCACUGGCACGACCGGCGGAAGCCGACCGCGGAGGCGUGGUGCUCCCAGACAUCUUUAAACAGCCGUCGUUUGUCAUGGAGGAGGAUCCUGUCAAGUCACCUGUGGGUCGCAUGAGCUUGCUGCAAUGGCAGAACCAACUGGACAAGGCCGUGCCUCUGAAGGACUCGACGAUGAAGGGACCCGCCGUGGACACAUCGCUGCUUCCGUCCAUCAUCUCACGACACAAGAAGAAGAGCGCGCCAGGCCUCUCGGCGCCGUACCUCAAGGUGCUCAAGCAUCGACGGAAGCGAAAGUCGUCUGUGAAACCCAUCGCGAGUAGUCAGCCCUCACCCCACCCACAACCACCGUGUCAACCUAAUUUCUAACAUCGCUCCAGGAUGACAAUGCUCCUGUUCCCAUGGAGUGCUGGUACUUACGAAAGAGAACUUGUG